AUGCCCGCAUAUUUUUCGAAUACUCAAAGGAGCGAUGAUCAUGAGCAUCUUAUCAAAAAUGACGAUGAUGCUGAUAUUGAUUAUGGUCGUGUUCGUUUUAUGGAUGCUAACCACGAGAUGAUAGGGUUCUGGCGGCAGUUACGGUUUCUGCUUUGGAAAUGCGCGUUGGUUAGGAAAAGGCAGAAGUUCUGGCUUGCUGUAGAACUAAUCGUUCCAUGCAUUCUGUUUAUUGUUAUUGCAUUGGUUCGUACUAGGAACUUCGAUGUUAGCGAAGAACAAUGCCAUUUCGAUUCUCGAGGUCUUCCUUCCGCAGGCCUCCUCCCAUUUAUUCACUCAUUUUUCUGCUCAUUCUCCAAUAAAUGCUUCGCGGAGCCGACGACGGGCGAUGAAAAAGACAUAUUAUUCAAUGAUGCGGGUGAUUUGACGAGAAACGAGUCAUUAAUUGUUGAUGUGAUUUACUACUCUUCUCUGCAAUUACAAUGGAUUGGAGAAAACGAAAAGGAAUUCGAUGAGCUUGUCAAAUCAACGGCUGAAAUUAUUCACUGGUUCGCUGGUUUCAAUCUAAGCGAACCGAUGAAAAUCCGAGUGAAAGAUCUUUUUAAUCCUGGCGACUACGAAAUGUUGGAAUCCAGUUUAGAAGACGUGCUGCCUUCUGAUUUAGCUCUCCGUUUGCUGAAUUCCUCCAUAUUGCCCGAAGCUUACACGGUGAAAGAUCCAAUUAGGCGAUCAAUGAAAUCUUGGUUGGGAAUGUUUUUCGGCAAAAAUCCGCUAUUCUGUAAUGAUUCUGUUUUCGACAAAGUUUUCAAAUUCGAUGAAGGGAAAAAGCCGAGUUCCAAAGAAAUGAAGUUGUUAUGCAAAGAACUCGAUCCGUAUUUUCUCAUGGAUAUUUCGGAUGUGCUGAAGAAUGCAUCGUUUCCAACGGCGAAUCGAAUCAAAAUAUUGCCGUAUGUGACGUCUUUUCAACGCGCAACCAAACCGUUUUUCGAUUUUUUGAACAAAUAUUCGAAAUUGGGAUUCAAUGACAUCAUAUUGGCAGUAUUUUGUGGGAAUGAUCCAAGAGACAUUAUCGAGCAAAGUGUGAAUCCGAAUCAUGAUAUACCUGUGGAAACGCCGUUCGAGAAAAUGCGCAAAAAUACUGUUUCACCGGGAAAACAGCAACACAAGAAUGGAACUUGUUCGCCGGUCAAUUAUCACCGGGAAAUGAAUUGCUCGCAACUUGAAGGCUCAUUGAUGACGGCGAUGCGGCCGGUGCUUCAAGGAUAUAUUCUGGUGACGCCCGAAAAUAACGCGACGCGAAAAAUGGUUGAAAUUCUGAAUGAGCCGCUCAAAAUUGCGGAAUAUGUCAGAAAUUUAAUGUAUUAUUAUCCAUCGGAAUCGAAUAAUCUUCAAGAUGCCCUACAUAAUAGCGAUUUAUGGCCAGCUAGUCAAAAUUUACUGCAUUGGUUAAAUACAACAAAAAGCGAAAAAGAUAUUCCGAGAAUCGUUAUCGAGUCACUUCGGCACGCAUUUGCCGAUUCUUCGGAUCCCGAGUCUUUCGGAUCAUUGACGGGAGCUGUUCUCGCGUUGGCCAAUAAAUAUUCAUCGUGUUUCCUCAUUGAUCGAUUUCGAUUUGUUCCGAAUGAAAAGGAGCUCGAAUUGAACGCGUUAUGCCUUAUGGAAGAAAGCCAAUAUUUUUCAUCGAUUGUGUUCAAUAUGACCCAAAAUGCCAGUGAAUUUCCAGAUUUUGUCACCUACAAAAUUCGCCACUAUCCCGAUUAUAUUGAUUCCACGAAUGCCCUAAUGGAUAGUCGAAGUCAUCCGUUUUCACGACAUCAGCCCCUUCGAGAUCUGAAGUAUUUGACAUAUGGAUUUAGUUUCGUGCAAGAAUCUGUGGACCGCGCAAUUAUUGCCACCAAAGCCAAUCGGAAGGUUGAAAUUGGAGCGUAUGUUCAACAAGAGCCGUUUCCAUGCACAACGAAAGACACAUUCAAUGUCGCCUUAUUCAUGCCUCUAUUUCUCCUCAUCUCCUUCAUUUUUCCAUCAGCAUUGCUUGUCAAAAAUAUUGUUUACGAAAAAGAGUUGCGAAUCAAGGAGCAAAUGAGGGCUAUGGGUCUCGGCGACGCGGUGCACUUCAUCUCUUGGGCUCUAAUCUCGCUCUGCCUGAAUUUCAUAUCGGUUUUGGUCAUCUCGUUGGUUUGCAAAUUUGCGAGAAUCUUCAAUAAUACUGAUUACACCCUUCUCCUGCUCAUUCUGAUCGUCUUCAUGUUUUCAUCCAUCGCCAUGUCGCUCUUCUUCUCAACAUUAUUCACGAAUGCCAAUAUUGCGACGGCGGCCACGUGCGUUCUUUGGUUCCUGUUCUUUUUCCCGUUUCAACUCAAAAACGAUGCGAUCAAAACGCCGACGUUCAAUCGAAUAAUGCUUAUUCUUCCACCAACCGCCAUGGGAAACAUUUUCAAGCUUUUGGAGUCGUUCAAUGCUGUUGAAGAGGCCACAUGGGCCGAUUUGCCGAAUAUGGAGAAUCCGGUACUAGGAUUAAGUGUGACAAUGUGUUUGGUGAUGCUCGCCGUCGACACGUUGGUCUUUUUGAUUCUCGCGUGGUAUGUGUCGGCGAUCGCGCCUGGUUCUUAUGGUGUUCGACAACCGCUCUAUUUCCCAUUCACAAUUCGCUAUUGGUUCCGAAACUAUCAAGCCAAUCGCGUACAGUACGCCGAUGACGAGGAGUUUGAUAUUAUUCCAAGUAAUGAUAACUUUGAGGCUGAGCCUCUUGGUCUUAAAGCGACUGUUCAUAUCAAUUCGUUGAGUAAAGUGUACGAUAAUGGAACAAAAGCGCUCGAUUCAUUGAACUUGCGAUUGUAUGAGAAUCAGAUCACUGGCUUGUUGGGACAUAACGGGGCUGGAAAAUCCACAACGAUGUCCAUUCUUUGUGGAUUGUAUUCACCGUCAUCGGGAACGGCGAAAAUCUAUUCGCGUGACAUCCGAACACAUUUGAGACGAGUUCGCGAGAUUCUUGGAAUUUGUCCGCAGCACAAUGUCUUAUUCUCUCAUUUGACGGUUGCCGAGCAGCUUCAUCUGUUUGCUGCUCUCAAAGGAUGUCCGGAUGGCGAGAUUCAGGCGAAUGUUGCCGAAAUAUUGGAAAGCGUCUCAUUGACCGACAAGGCGAACAAAUUGGCUGGAACAUUGUCAGGAGGAAUGAAGCGAAGAUUGAGCAUUGGAAUCGCGUUCAUUGGAGGAUCGAAAUUUGUGAUUCUUGACGAGCCGACGGCUGGUGUCGAUGUUACAGCAAGAAAGGACAUCUGGAAAUUGCUACAGAGGAACAAGAAAGGUCGCACAAUUCUGCUCUCGACGCAUCACAUGGAUGAAGCUGACGUUCUAUCCGAUCGAAUCGCCAUUCUAUCGCAAGGCCAACUGGUUACUGUAGGCACCUCGGUGUUCUUGAAGCGAAAGUUUGGAAACAAUAUGACGUUGACCGUGUGCAAGGUUCCUGGAACGAAUUACAAGGAGACCAUUAAGCUUGUGGAAAAAUGUGGAGAAAUUGUGGAUUUGAAAUAUGGCGAUGAAACCGAGGAGGAGAUUGUUUUCAAUAUUCCAAUUAAUGUGGACUCGGAUCGAUUGGAGAAGUUUUUCACCGAUUUUGAUGAGCGAAUGAGCGAAUUCCAAUUCGGCCAAUACGGAAUUUCGGCGCCAACACUUCAAAACAUUUUCGUCUCACUUGCCCCACAAAAAGAAUAUCAUGUGCCGAAAGUGAGCAAAUGGGAAUGGUUCCGAGUUAUUCGCCAGAAGUUGUUCAGAACAAGGGUUGAUGAGGAAAGCACGGAUUUGAUUGCGACGAAUGCGGUGAAUCCCAAUCCGGUUCAUAUCGAUAAUAAUGAGGUGGAAGAAGUCAAGUUUGAAGAUUUUGAAAAACCCGACUUGGUGAUGGGAACCGCUUUGAUCAUUCAGCAUAUUCGAGCACUUCUUGUUGGAAGAUUCCAUUAUACAUUGCGAAGUAAACGAACAUUCUUGUUCCAGGUGAUCAUCCCGCUUCUCCUUAUCGCUGCGUGCGAGACAUAUGUGAGAGUUCAAGUUCCCAGAAGUCGACCCGAUCUUAUGGUGUCGCAAGCGCCGCUGCCACUCGAAACCUCGCUGUUCGGAAAUUCGACGGACCUCUAUGUUAACAAUUGGGACACUGCUUCCAAUUCGACGUCGAUCUCAAUUUUGAAGGCAAUGUUCGAUUCGCCGGGUGCUGGAACGAGAUGUGCUGAAAACGAGCCAAAACACUUGAUCGACAAUGCAUUCCAAUGUGUCAACAUUAAUGGAAGUUUUGAUUACACCGAAGACCUGAAAAAUAUUUCGUAUAAUGCACCGAUUGAUUGCGGAUGCGUCGAUUAUGGAUUCAAUUGCACUUUGGAAAAUUGGAAUUGGGAUGAGACGAAAUGGUUGAGAUUGAACUCGACUGAACGCGUCUUUGAUCUGUCCGGAAGAAAUUUGUCGCAGUUUCGACUCAUCACUAGAAAUCAGCAGAUUGCCAAUAACUCGGCGCCGUUCUUCAUUGGGGGCUUCUCGCUUGGCCAUCAGAAUAUGAGAACCUUCAGCGAUGCCGAAGUCACCGAUUCGCAGAACGGCUGGUUGCAGUUUGUCCAAGAAUGGGCCUACGUGAAGAGGGAGCUGAGCAUCAAUACGACCGGAAUUCGACCGGAUACGCCGAGAGUUGUCGAUCCGUUCGCGCAGAAUGUCACAAUUGACGACGUCGUCAACGCGAUGGUGGCGAAUCUUGACAAAAAGGAGAACGUCAAAGUGUGGUUCAAUAAUAAACUCUGGCCGUCGCUUCCAAUAACGUCGAACAUUCUCACGAAUGCGAUUCUGCGAAAUGUGGACACCGAGGCGAUGCCGGAAUUCACGGGAAUCCUCACAUUCAACCAUCCGAUGAACAAAACUGCCAAAGAAUCAUUAUCAUCGAGCGCGACGGAUUUUGCGAAAGGAUUGAGCAUGUUCCGAAUCACGUGCCUACUUUUGGUACUGUCAAUGAUUCCGGCUGGAUUCACAGUGUAUUUGGUGGAAGACCGAGUUUGUGAGGCUUUCCACUUGCAAAUUGUUGGCGGCCUCAAAAAAGCCACGUAUUGGGCGACGAGCUUCUUGUACGAUACGAUGGUCUACAUUGUCGUCGUCAUCAUCAUUAUGCUCGUUUAUUUCGCGUUUGGAGUUAAGGAAUUUGCCGGCGAUGCUUCGACGUUUUUCGCGUUCGCUUUGGUCUUUAUCGUCUAUGGAUUGGGCGCGAUUCUGUAUGCGUAUGUGCUCCAGAAACGCUUCGACGUUCCGGCACUCUCGUUCGUUCUCAUCGCUAUCGGUGCCUACUUCGUUGGCGUCGUCUGCGUUCUCACCGUCAUCCUUCUCGAGAACAUGAUGCUGCAAGACCCGACGCUCGUUCCCGCACAUACCGUAUGCUCGAUUGUGUUCCUCAUCAUUCCCCAAUAUUGCCUCGGAAUCGCCAUCUUCCGGGGAUCGAUGGUCUAUCAAGUGAAACAGAUUGGAAUCAAUUUCCUUGUGAGCAUUAAUCGGCCGGAUGUCAUCAAUCAACUGCCUCUGCCGGCACUUCUAGAAUUGGAUGUUAUGGGAUUGCACGUUGUCGUCCUAUUCGCGCAUAUCUUCGUCGCCGUCGUCUUGUUGGUGUUCACACAACUUGACGAGUUUCCGAUUGUUCGAAAACGCGAGUGCGAGCGAACCCAUGCGAUGAUGCUCGCUGAUCGGACGAACGAUGACGACGAAGACGUCAUUCGCGAGAAUAAUCGCGUCGAGCAAAUCCCCGAGCACGUUCACAACGAGGCGCUUGUGGUGAGAAAUUUGGCGAAGGCCUACACGGCCGACACGUUGGCGGUUCGCGGCGUUUCGUUCGCCGUCGAGCACGGCGAAUGCUUCGGGCUGUUGGGAUUGAACGGCGCCGGCAAAACGACGACGUUCUCGAUGUUGACGGCGAAAAUAUGGCCGGGGCACGGCUCGAUCGAAAUGAGCGGCACGAGCAUCUCAUCGGCGGCCGGCAAAGCCGUCGUGCUCACGUCGCACUCAAUGGAAGAAUGCGAGGCGUUGUGCACACGAAUCGCGAUCAUGGAUCGCGGUCGGAUACGAUGUCUCGGCGGCAAGCAGCACCUGAAGAACAAAUUUGGCAAGGGAUUCUCGCUGGUUGUGAAAAUGGCGCAUCUCGAUGAAGCACCGGAAUGCGCCCAAAUGCUGGUUAGCCGACUAGAAGGCUCCCAUUUGGAAGCCAUUCAUUGCUCGACGAUCUUCAUUCAUAUUGCCCACGGAACGUCGAGUAUUGCGCAAACGCUUCGUGUUAUGAAUCAGGUGAAAAAAGCGCAUCAAGUGGAAGAUUUCACAUUAUCCCAAUCGACCCUUGAUAACGUGUUUCAGUCAAUAGCUGAAAAUCGAUUACCUAGUGCUGGAGACCCUAUAGAAAUCGUAGAACCUUCUAGGAGCGAGAUAUAUGAAACGACAGAACGAUUUUAG